AUGGCCAGCAAUCUGGGGUUUCCACGCAUUUACCUGCUACCUAGUCAUCUCGAACCGUCGCAGCUUCACUAUUUCGAGGAAGCAGUGCCGUCCAUCACCUACGACAUCAAUGAAGCGGAUCUUGUGCUAGGUAAAAUAUCGAAACGAGAGCGCGCCGAAUUCGAAUUAAGGCGGCAUAAUUUGAGGAUUCAACCAGACUCAGUCUCAGGCGGAGAUUUCCAUUCUACCGCGCCCGACAUUGCACUUGUAAGGCGCGAAGCUGUGGAAGAGCAGCCCAGCUCGAAACGUCGAAAAGAAGGAGACGCCCAACAUCCAGAUUAUCGAACAGCGGAGAAUAGUAGGGUUCAGGUUCUCAAAUUGUCAUGGUUGACCGAUUGUCUUGCCCAAGGCAGGCUUCUUCCAGUUGACAAUUACCUCUUGUAUGGAGGCUUCAAAAUCUCGUCACACGUCGGCUCCGGCGGACAGCAACCUGAGACGCAGAAUAUCUCCACUGGUGCAAUUCUUCGCCGUGCCGCCGAGGACCAUGCAGUGAAUACCGCAAAUCGGGCGGAGUCGUCAUCUUUGCCUUUCAACCUUCAUGAUCCACGCCAUAGUAGACACCCGCCACCCCCAUUGCAACGACAGACGACCUCCGAAAAUGACACCAGGCUUCCCGAGAUUCCAGAAUUCCUUCACACAACAUAUUCCUGCCAGCGGCCAACGCCUUUGCAUCCUCCAAACGAAAAGUUUAUCCUGGAGCUCAAAAAAAUCCGAACUCUCAGACUUCUCCAGGGGAACCAGAUCGGGGUACGGGCAUACUCGACAUCGAUUGCCGCGUUAUCAGCAUAUCCGCAUGUGAUCCAAAGUUCCCAUGGCAAGUAA